AUGAGGCUCAUGCCCUUCAAGACAAACAGCGCUGCCAACGCCGGUCUUCUGACAAUCUCGCCGUACGAGGUGAACACUCCUGAGCGCCGAGAAGCAGCAAGACGAGCCAUCAUGAUGCCGGACGUCUUCCUUUCACGGGACUUGGUCCCUGAGCUGGUGCCUUGCUGCCAGGUUGCGACCACGACAGAUUUGCUGAGUACGCUCUCAGCUCACACCCUGUACCUGCUCACUAUGGCCUUUGCACGGCCCGAGCCAGCGGACUCUGCGGAGGAAGCAGACUGCACGAUCAAGCUUGGCCAGUUCCAGCAAGUCUUGGAGCAGUUCCGAAAGAAAUGCACAAAUGGCACGGCCGAGGAGAACUUGGGAGGAAUCAGAGUCAUCGUGGAUGUUCUGUGGAAGCUGUUCACACGCAGGAAGACCGUGGUGAGCGAGGAGGAGUACAAGGAAUUUGCGCAAAACAAAGACAGCCUGCAAAAGCUGGGGGACCCCUACUAUUGGGUCAAGUUUGUCCAGCGUAUCCUGGAGUUGUUGACGGACCUGUGCAUUGGCCGGAAGCUUGCCUGCUUUCGCAGCGAGCUGGCGCCGUGUAACGAUACGGCUACGGAUUACACGGGGCAGGAUUUCAUUACCCGGGAGCUGAUACAGACAAGUGAGGCUCUAAGCAUCCGACGCCGACCCGCACCCGAGUGCUGGGACAAUGUUUGGGCGAAGACGCGUGUCACUGUGGAUGAUCACUUGCAAGCCAGGGCAGAGAUCGAAAGGAAAUCCGGAUUUGUGGGUAGCGGCAAGGGCUUGCGGCAGCUGAUGAGUCAGAAGGAUGAGUUCACGCUGCUGAAGCUCGGCACCUCCAUCUUCUUCGACAACUUCGAGAGUGCUUUGGAGCAGGUACAGGCGCCUGAAGCCGAAGACGAGGAGGACCUGGCACAGCAGGUGCGGAACAUGGUGCCGAGGGUUCUGUGGAUGCAACAGCGGGCGCAGCCACCUCGCUAUGAGGGGCGUGGCUACUUCCGGGAUGACUUGGAGUUUCACCAGCCAAACCAGAUGAUCCAGCCAUGCCGCUUUCUGUACUUCGCGCUCGUGAAUCUGCUCGCCCACCUGACAGCCGAUCGCAACAUGGACAACUCACAGCUCCUGCAGGGCGUUAUUCCACCAAGCGUUGUGCGUGGCCAACUGAUCCAACGAGAGGUGUUGCGAAAUGCUGGCCUGGUCUUUUGCCCAUCGCACCUUGCAGAGCGACGACGUCAGCAAGGUCAGAUCAAAGAGAGCCGGGAUGCUGGAGAUUUAAGUGAUCUUGCAGCGCUGUCCUCCCACACAGCCUUGCUUCUGCAUGCCUUCCUCGGUCAGCCCCCUUUCGCCGAUGAAUCCGUCCGAAGCUCCGUUAUCACACAGGUGUACUUGGAUGGGACCAGGGCAGAUGAUGAUGACAGCGCUUUCGACGAGCUUCCCGGCGGCGGAUCAGCACCGCUGACACCCAUGGACCUACAAAGGCUUUGUCAUAUGUGCUCAUGGCAGUUCGCCUCGCUGGCAGAGCUCUGUCGCGACAUGGCCAGUCCAGGGCUGCCGCCACCACGGACGGACUUUUCGGAUUGCAUGGGUCAUUUGGUGAGCGUGCUCAGUAUGCUGCUUUCCAAGCUGAUAGGUUUGGGCUACUUCGAGCGCUUUCGCAUGGAGGCGGAGCAACGGCGGCAGGAAAGGUACCGGAUCCAAGAGCUGCAGUGUUUGCGAGUUACCUGUGACGACGGUAGUGUGCAAAGCUACCAGAUUCGAUGGGUGACUGAACUGUUCAGCGCCAUGCACCGGUUGCUCCAAGUGCACAAGAGCCUGGCCACAGACUUGUACCUGGCGGCGCUGAAGGACCUUUGCCGCCUGCUGAAUAUGUGCUGCUCUCUCUGCGUCAACACCCAUGUCACAUCAUUCAUGUGGAGCCGCCACGAUAUGUAA